UGCAGACAGAAAAAUGUCAUCCUGCCAACACUGACAGGACAGAGCCCCGUGUCCUGGGGCUACUGCUGAAUUGACGUCCUCAUCUGCGCAACUGCACAUCCUCUUUGUAGAGGAGACGCGUAAUAGGGACAACAUUAAUGGGGAACCAUGAUCAUUGCUGAACUUUGCUUUUUCAUAACGAACGAUUAUCUUCUUUUGCAGUUCCAUGGGGUUGUAAGUGAGCUGAAGCAAGACAGACGCUUUUCUGCAGUCGACGUGAGGCGGAGCGUCUAACGGUCUGUGAGCUGUGCAAAGACGGUGCCACUGGUCAUGCUCGGACGGAUAUGUAAACCCCGUUUGGGAAAGCGAGGGGGAAGACCUGGAGUAUUGCCUUCUCUGUGCGUUGCAGUAGUGACAACAACUGUUUUGGCUGUCCUCUUUUUGGACUCCAUCGAGUCAUGGGUCACUUCAGCGGGGAUGAACGCAAAUUUGGAGCCAAACGCGGGCAUCAUCUCCCUGCAGAGCGUGCCUCCAACGCGCCCGGAGGAGUUCCUGCUCAUGCCCAGCCCGCUCGUGUGCCAGCGCGCCAAGCCCUACAUCAUCACCAUGGUUACUUCAGCUCCUGCCAAUCAAAGGGCACGGCAGGCCAUCCGAGACACUUGGGGUGGUGAGGUGGAGGUAACAGGACUCAGGGUUAUGACGCUUUUUAUUGUGGGUGUGCCGUCGGAUCCGGCUCUGGGUAAACUGCUCAUAGUGGAGGCCAGGGAGCGAGGAGACCUAAUCCAGGGUCGCUUUCUGGACACAUACUCCAAUCUGACUCUGAAGAGCUUGUCCAUGCUCGGGUGGGUGCGCCGCUUCUGCCCGCAGGCUCAUUUCAUGGCCAAAGUGGAUGAUGAUGUCCUUUUCAACCCGAGCGCUCUGCUCCACUUUCUCAACAAAAGCAGAAAUCCAUAUGAGCACGGGGACUUGUACCUAGGCAGGGUUCAUAUUCGUGUGGCUCCCAACCGUGACCCCGACAGUAAGCACUACCUCCCAGCUGGGGCCUACUCUCCCUCCGUGUUCCCAGACUACUGCAGCGGUACCGCCUAUGUCCUCUCGCGCUCUGCCUUGCUCAAAAUCUCCCUGGCGGCCACAGCUUCCGCCCUGUCCACACCUCUGCCCCCUGAAGAUGUAUUUGUGGGCAUAUGUGCGCGUGCAGCUGGGGUCCUGCCGUCACACUGCCCUCUCUUCUCUGGGGGUCCUACUGUUCCCUAUGGGCGAUGCUGUUACCAGGCCAUGGUGUCAGUUCACAAGGUCGCUCCAAGGGACAUGCUGCGGUACUGGGCAGACCUUCAAGCGUCCCCUGCCUGCUCCUGGCUGAGUAUUCGGGCUUCUCUAGGACUCUGCAAAGUUAGAGCCAUGUUGGGUAUUGCUUUAGGACUAGAGCAGGGUGUGUAAUAGUUGAGAGUUUAUUUAUUACUGUGAAUAGCACAAGUGCUCUUCUCUUUGUAGAGAUACAAAAUAUGUGCACUGAAAAUGGUGAUUUGUCUUCAUCACUACUUAACGAUGAUGAUGAGACAGCUAAAAAGAUAAAGCUUGCCACGAUAUCCUUGUUCAUCACAUUUAUUCAAAGGACACACU